GUUCAAAGAUGGAAGAAUAUUGCAAAAAUGAGGCACUACACAUUUUGACAAGGUUUCGACAUUUGCCCCGUUUGGUCGUCUUCGAUCUGGACUACACCCUCUGGCCAUUCUGCUGCCAUACGCGCUGCAAAUGUGAAGUGCCAAGAUUGUAUCCUCAAGUGAAGGCCAUUUUAUGUGCUCUCAAGGAGGUGGGAGUUGGCGUUGGUAUUGCCUCAAGAUCGCCCACUCCUCACAUAGCUGCAGAUGCUUAUCUCUGGAAGCUGGGGAUAAAGUCUAUGGUUAUAGCACAGGAAGUGUUUCCCAGUUGGUCACCCAAGACAGAACAUUUCCAGAGGAUCCACAGAAGAACAGGACUGCCCUACAAUGAAAUGCUGUUUUUUGAUGAUGAAACUAGGAACAUAGAUGCGGUGUCUAAAAUGGGCGUGACAAGUAUAUUAGUGAGCAGCAAGGGAAUAGAUCUUAAAACUUUAUGGAAAGGACUCUCAGCAUUCAAUCAGUACAACCCGUUCGCAAUUAAGCCCCAGUGUGCUAUACCAAUGGCGCCCCAUAACCACCGAAUUGUGCAGCCAGAACCACUGCCACACUGGUGCUGCCAAAACUUUGUGCAUAUGCCUUGCAAGUUUAAAAGGCCAUUGAGACACAUUUAG